CGGCCAGAAAAAAAUAAAUAUAAAACAUGACAACUGUUAACUCACAAUGCUGCGAAAAUCAAACCGUCAAACAAUCAGAACUGGAGUUUAUUUGGUAAAAAUAUAAAAAUAUGUCGAAUAUGGAACUGCCUAUACCGUUAGCGGACCUGGAGUCUGUCUUGGCAUGGGUGGACACCUUCAAACUAUCAAGACCCACGAAGAAGAUCAACAGGGAUUUUUCUGAUGCUGGGAAUUCAUCAAAUCAGUAUCUUGCAACAGUCCUGCUAGCGGAGAUGCUGAGCGUCCAUUAUCCUAAAUUGGUGGAGAUGCACAACUACCCGCCGCGGAACAGCCACGCGCUCAAGCUGAACAACUGGAUGACGCUCAACAGGAAAGUGCUGAAGAAACUCAAGCUGAACCUCUGCUGUAACACAAUGGAGCAGCUCGCUAACUGCGCGCCAGGGGUUAUAGAGAGAGUGCUGGUUAUGGUCAGGGACAAGAUCAAUCGUGACGAAGAAGCGAACAAAUCAUCGAAAGACGCCGAUCAAAACUUGUCAAGCGGCGGGAGCUACUACGAGGCGUGCGGAGAUGAAGAACACGUGCUGGUGGUCCCAGUGAAGACCCGAGUGAACGGCGUGCUGGAAACAGUUCAGCAGAAGGUGGUUAAUUACGAGUCUUAUUUAACGCUCAAAGAAGAACUCAAAGACGCUAAAGAUGCUUCGGAAGUGCUCAAACAGAAGGUGGAACAUCUUGACAACAUGUUGAAACUUAAAGAAGAAAGGAUUGACGAGUUGCAAAAGCAACUGGAGAGGAAACAGACGCGACGCAGGGAAGUGGAGGCGCUACAGACCAGCCUGGCCGUACCUUUUGAUGCGGUUCCUCCCAGCCCGGUCAUCAACACUAGCGAAUUCGUACUUAUACCACCAGUCAAGGUGCCCUCGCUCAAAACCGUUGAACCUAUCACAAAAAUUGCCAAAUUAGAAGAAUCCAAAAUACCUAUACCAAUAGUAGAUUCCAAAACUGCCUCAAAAUCAAGUAUUGUUGAAGUCAUGGACGAAGGUAAGAGCAUCGUCGAAAGGAUCAAAUCUGAAGUGUUCAAGGAAAUUGAAAUCAUUGAGCAGAAAUCGGAAUGUUAUAUGGAGAUAGAGGAAUUUAAGGAUAGUGAACAGGAAGAUGUGACUACAAUAGAGGAAACAAUACAAAACGAGAUCAAAAAUAUAACUAACGCUGCAGGAUUUGUACAGGACUUCAGUUAUGUGAAUUAGUGAAAGAACGAAGCAAAAAAUUUAAAAAUCAUGACAGUUCGAUAACAAAAAACGUUUGAUGUUCGCGUUUUAUGUUGAGUUUAAUAAAUUGUCCACGUGCUACUAUUUU